GAAAUUGAGAUUAAGAAAAAAUUGGAUUCAUAGAAUAUUUUAUUGGCUCUGAUGUAUUUCUAUUAUAAUUGUUUCGUAACUUUACAUUCUUCAGAAGAAAUUUAGAUUCAAGGCAGUGAAUCGUUGCAUAAUUCACUGAUUAGCGCAGAUUUCAAGUAAAGCCUUCGAACAAUUCCAAUUCUUUGUUGUCGAUCGGCGGGUUCAAAUUUCCCGCCGGACGCCGCGCCACCGAGUACGCCCACGUGCCACGGGAUGGCGCUAGUCGCGGGCACAUCCGCAGAAUCAAAAAAGACAGUUGGGAAGUGUAACAUCACACAUCGAUUCGGCGGCCUCGCGCGCGUCGAGCCCGAAAUAAAAAGAAAACUUUCCUCUUCCGCGUUCCUUGGGACCUGGCCGUGUGCGGUCGCGACGAGGUCGCGCAGCCCCGACGUCUAAACGUUGACACGCGUGUGGUGCGGUGAGUACAAAGUGUCGACUCCGGAGGACGAGCGGUAUAGCGCGCUGCGCCGAUGGAAACGUGACUGUUCCCUCACGGGUAGUGUGCAGUGGUUCCUGUCAUCACGGGUAGCGGCGACGGCGGCAGCAGCAGCAGCAGCAGCCCUCUCGGUCUCAACCCCCGUUCUUCCGAGAGCCACGUCGCCGACACCGCCGAGGGAGGGAAACUCGGCGCGCCGAUAACGACCACGGCGGAGGUCACUGCAUUGCGACUAGCAACUACGCUGUGGCGACUACGGUGAGAUACCGACGACGAGGACACCGACGUGGAAGACGAAAACGGCGCGGUCGCGGCGGGGGGUAGUGGGAGUUGGAAAAAAAAAAAAUCGGCGCUUGCUCGGUGUCUCACCCCACGGAGAGAGAGAUCCACUACCCCUAUAUCUCUACCCCCGUUCUCUAUACGCGUACCGUGCCCCGUGGAGAGAGUCUCACCGCCACAUCCACGUGCGUGCACGUACGUCGCGCGUGUAUCGUCGCCGGUCACGCGUAAUCACGCAUACGGAAACGCAGGCUCCACCGAGGAGGGUAGUGACAGAGAGUGAGGAACGCUACGCGCCUGCGCCCGCGGUAGUGCGGAGAGCAGCGCGGUGGCGCGCGCCGCUUGAUGGGGGAGAUCAGUGAGGAGGGCGCCACUUGGUGGGGAGCGCGCGUCACCUGCCGCGACAUCAGUGUGACGGCGAGCGUCAGUGGACGCGGACGGUUGGUACGACGCGCGCGCGCGAGAUCGUAGGUAUAGUUUCUCUCCGAGAUCUAGAGAAAGCGGGAGAAAGGGAGAGCGCGAGAGAGAGAGAGAGGAAAAGGUGUAAAAGUACACACACGUUCGCGCGUGGACGCUUGACCGCGUGAAUCACCGCGCGCGAGUGUUGGCUCCUCGUUUUUUUUUUUUUUUUGGUGGUGGUUUUGUUGACACUCCAGACGGGCCGUGCGCCGCGCGCUACGUGCCCCCACCCUCGCACGCGUCCAGGGUGAAUGUGCCGCUACUUGGCCGCCGCUACGUCGGGGCGGCCGACCGUCCUCCUCGGUGAGACAUGCGUGCGGCGGGCCGCCGGUGGACGACCGCGGAUGCAACGACCGCAACGACGACGGGGAACGACGUGGUCGUGUCGCACGUGACUGCCGCCGUCGCGGCAUCGGCAUCGUCCUCCUCCCGGCAUCACCCGGGUGCGCAGUGAGUGUAUAUUCGACAGGAGAAAGUAACGCGUGUGUGCGCGCGCGCGCGCGCGCGCCUCUCGCGAGUUAACCUCGGCGCCGGGCGUUGUCGUCGCCGCCGCCGCCGCCGCCGUCGUCGUCGUCGUCGUCGUCGUCGCUGCUCCAACGCGCGCGUGGAGCGCAGCAAGUGUGACCGGUGAUCGCGCGUAGUACGUACGCGCAGCGCAUUUCCUUCCGUUCCGUUCCGUUCCGUUCCGUUCCGUUUUGUUCUCGCGUGGUGUGCCACCGCGGUUUUCCACGGUAGUUUUUGGUGCUCUCUCUCUCUCUCGGAGGAGACUGCGAGCCCUGGCACGUCGUCGUCGUCGUCGUCGUCGUCGUCGCUGCGACAUCAUCGUGAGAAGAUGAGGCUCCGCGUCGCCUCCAGGAUGCAACCUGGUGGAUUGCUGUUCUGCUGGUGCGUCAUGACGGUCACCCUCGCCCUGGCCGCUUGGCAGGAGAACGUCAGGCCGAAGAUGUACGUCCAGCUAGGUGCGGAGGAUGUGUUCAGGUUUACGGGAAACGAGACGCACACAGACUACUUUCGGCUGGUGCUCAGGGACGGGAACUAUCUUCUAGUCGGCGGAAGAAACCUCGUGCAUAAUCUCAGUCUGACCGACCUGACGGAGCAGCAGAGGUUGACCUGGUACUCGACGGAGAACGACGUGAAGAUGUGCGUCGUCAAGGGCACCCCCGAGGAGAACUGCCAGAACUACAUUCGCAUCCUGGUGAAGACCGGGUCGAACAACCUCUUCGUGUGCGCCACCAACGCCUUCAAGCCCAUGUGCCGUGAUUACACGGUGCACGCGGGCAACUACACGAUCGUGAAGGAGAAGGGCGGCCAGGCGAGGUGCCCGUACGACCCGCAGCACAACAGCACCUUCGUUUACGUCGACGGUGAACUCUACACCGGCACGGUCGCCGAUUUCGCGGGCAUGGACCCGAUAAUCUACAGGGAGCCGCUGCAGACCGAGCAGUACGACUCGAUGAGUCUGAACGCACCGAACUUCGUGAGCUCCAUGUCCCAGGGAGACUUCGUCUACUUCUUCUUCAGGGAGACCGCUGUAGAAUAUAUCAAUUGCGGCAAGGCCGUCUACUCUCGCGUGGCGCGAGUCUGUAAAUACGACCGGGGCGGACCGCAUCGUUUCCGUAACAGGUGGACGUCCUUCUUGAAGUCGCGUCUCAAUUGCUCCGUCACCGGAGACUUCCCAUUCUACUUUAACGAGAUACAGUCAACGACCGAGCUGAUAUCGGGUCAAUACGGCGGCACAUCUGCCCAGCUCAUCUAUGGCACCUUCACGACGCCGGUGAACAGCAUAAGCGGCUCGGCGGUGUGCGCGUUCUCGUUGCAGGACAUCGCCGAUACCUUCGCCGGCAAUUUCAAGGAGCAAAGCGCCCUGAACUCCAACUGGCUGCCGGUGCAGGACACGAAGGUGCCGGACCCACGGCCAGGCCAAUGCACCAACGACUCGCGCACACUGCCGGACCUGACGCUCAACUUUAUUAACACGCACUCGCUGAUGGACGAGUCGGUGCCGAGCUUUUUCGGCCAGCCGAUCGUUAUACGCACCAGUUUCCAUUACAGAUUCACUCAGAUCGCCGUGGAUCCUCAAGUGAAGACUCCGGGCGGCAAGACCUAUGACGUCCUUUUCAUCGGCACGGACAACGGCAAGGUGAUCAAGGCGGUGAACGCCGAGUCUGCUGAUUCCCAUCAGAAAGUCAGUCCCGUCGUGAUCGAAGAGAUACAGGCAUUUCCACCAACAGUGCCAGUGCGCGGCAUCAAGGUUGUCCGAGCCUCGCAGGCGGGCGACGGCCUCGAGGAUGGUCGACUGGUUGUCAUCGCCGACAGUCAGGUGCAGGCGCUGAGACUCCAUCGCUGUUACAGCGAUAGGAUACUAUCGUGCAGCGAGUGCGUGGCCCUGCAAGAUCCGUACUGCGCCUGGGACAAGGUGGAGAACAAGUGCCGGGCGUUGGUCGGCCCGGCGGCGACGGACGCCAGCAGGUUUCUGCAGAGUGUCGCAACCGGCGUUCAUGCGUCCUGUCCGGCGAGCAAGAGCCUUAAUAAGGACGCCGGCAGCGUCGGCGCUAUUUCCGCCAAUCAAAACAAGUUUCCGCAGGACUCUCUCCCGAAUAAGGACAACCCCGGCGGCGAAAUUAUCAAUAUCAUGCAGGACGAAGAACAGAACAACUCAGGUCCGGCAGUAGCCGCGGCUGAUACGCCUACACCACAGUAUUCGGUGGAGACCCUGGUGAUGGCUGUGGUAGCUGGUGCACUAGCCGCAUUGUUUGUUGGCUUUGUAGCCGGUUACUUAUGCGGCAGGAAGUGCAGGAAAGACGAGGACGACAAUCUACCUUAUCCCGACACGGAGUACGAAUAUUUCGAGCAACGCCAAAAUGUGAACAGUAAUGUCUGCUUAUCCACAUUCAGCAGGCUGGCGCCCGAGCCAAAACUGCUACCGCAGGAGGAGGUGACCUAUGCGGAGCCGGUGUUGGUUCCGCAACCACCGAAGCUCCAGUCCCCGAAGGGUACCAUGAGGAAACCACCGCCAACGCCCACGGAGACCCUCUUUCAGUUCCCGGACGGCUACGGUUUCCGCGGAGGUGCCCGCGGCGACAACUUCGGCACCCUUCGCUCCCAUCAGGGCGAUGCGUAUCGCCGCAACGAUGGCUUUGCGACCACACGCAGCGUCAAGAAAGUUUAUCUCUGAGAAACGAGCGAGGAGGGGGGUGGCCGUCACCGGAGCUUAGGACGGCCAGCGCGCAAUCGCCACAACGCGACGUCGGCCAGCAGGAGUAGUCGCGCUGUGACGUCUGGGGGACAGUCAAAUCGUGAGCUCGCCGGCCCAAGGGCACUGGAAUCGCCCUCGCCAUCGUCGAGCGUGUCAUCGAGUUCCCCGUCCCCUCCCUCCUCGUCACCCUCGCCCACCCUCGUACCGAUCGCCAUGAGCGGCCAGCAGCCACCGCCGCCGCCAACGCCACCCUGCAGUUUCAUCUAUCGAUCAUAGUUGUCACCUUCGUCAUCGUCGUCGCCAUCAUCGUCAUCGUCAUCGUCAUCGUCAUCAUUGUCAUCGCUGUCGCCGUCACGAUCGCUGUCGUACUUUACUUUUGGCUCAGCGACGCGAGGGGAUGAGAGAGUGACAGAAGGAGCGCGCUCUACAGUUCUAGCGCGUUAUUCCCAAAUGUAUACAGCGACUAAUCGAGAGAAGAGUCCAGGCCAGAGAUCUCGCAGUACUUCGAUGGAUGCCGCGAUGCUUUUCUUUCUUGCCUUCAAUCCUGAAUACUCUUAUUUCGCGCGUGGCUUUCGUUUCGACUAAUGUCGCUUCGGCCGCAAUGAAAAAUUAGGAUAACAGAUUUUUACGUCGAUCGAAUCUAGAUGUUAUCAUUUGUUUGCAUAACGGAAAGGAAUUUUCCAAAUCGCGAAAUCGCUUGUCCAUCACGAGCAUUGGGAAACGUCGAGUCAAGUAGCUGUGCGUAGAGCAGUUUGUUUGCAGGUUGCCUAUUCGCGAAUCAUCGCAGCGUUAUAAUGUAGCAUUUCGUAAUCCUUAUAGGAACGACAUUCCAGCCAGAAGUGUUUCGAUGGUUGUUACGAUGAUCAUUAUUAGCUCAUUUACAUAUGCAUAUUGGAAUAAAUAAGGUGAACGCAAACAUUUUAGCGUAGCGAUUGUCGAUUAUCGUAGAUCUUUAGCUCUAAUCCGCAAAAGAAUGAGCAUAUAGAAUACAAAAAGACGAGAGAUUCUACGAUUAUCGAUGCUCGGACUGUAAACUCGAGUGAACUUUGGUGAUUAGGCUUGAUUGACAAAAUAGUGCGAACGUUACGCGAUGGUUCGCAACAAAAUGUCGUAAUCUCCACUAUUUUAUUAAUUGACAAUUAGUAUCGAGGUUGGUAUAUUGUAAAGCUAAUACAGCAUAGUAUUACGACAAAGCUUUUUUCAUAAAGUCAAUUAAAGGAGACUAUCCGCAAACUCGAAACACGCAAUUUUUCUAACGUUGUAAUAUUUAAUACGAGUGAUUGAUAGUGCCAUUAUAGACCACGUAACAUUGCUGCGUGCCUCGAAAUUGAAGACGAUCAUGAUGAUCGACAUUGUUGGCCGGAUGUUUUUCGCGAUUGACCAAAUGGAUCAUGUAAAAUGCAUUUUUAAUUAAGUGUACAUAAUAACGUCUUUGUGUCCUUAUUUUUAUUUAUUUCGUCUUUUCUUGUAAUUUUAUUUUUAUCUUUUAAAUAUAUUAUUACAAGUUGUAUAGAAUGUUCAUUUACACCACGUGAAGAUUGUUAGAUUCAAAGAGUUACUUGCACGAUGGUAAAAUAUUAAAAAAUUUUAUUGUAAAAUAAAGUUGCCCGCAAUUUAAUAUAAUUUACACAUUUUUAUGUGUUUUUGAUGAAAGAUGAAUUAAGCCAGUGAUAUUUGUUAUACAAAAAUUUAAAUUAUGCAUAAAAUCGUGGAGAUUGCUAUAUUGCAUGAUUUAGGAAUGCGUUAAUUGAUGUAUCCACGCAGCGGUCAACUAACAGCGAGAUUACGCUGAUGCUGUAUAGGAUACGUUAAAAUACUCGUUUGAGACGAUAUUACUUUCUAGUUUCUUGAAUGUCGGUUCUAGUUCUGUGUACGCUUCGGAGACGCGCGUUCUCGACGCCUGCACAUAUACGUAAUAAAGAGUGAAGAAAGCGAGAAAGAGAGAGCGGGAGAAAAAUGUGAGAUGCACUGCGCUUAUAUGUACAUAAUACAUAUAUACAAAAAAAUACAUAUACAUCAAUUAGGGGUUAUAAAGACAGGAAGAUUGGAAACGAAGAAACGAGAAUCAGUCCAUCUAAUCUGGGCCCGAUGGUGUAUGUAGACAUCUAUCUUAAAGUGCUUCUUAUUUCAGUGUGUUUAGAGAAGUAAACAUGUAUGUGAUAUAUUCUAUAUGACGAGAGAUGCUCUCUGAGCGUCGGGAGGGGACAAGAGAAACGUGGGGAGGGCUUUAUUCACUCAUCGGGUUCUCUCAGCGGAUCUGAAAUACGAAACGGACGCACGUGGUGAUGGAAUCUCAUGGUCUUUUGUUCACAAGAAUUCGUCGUUACGCUUUGUAAAUAUCCUUUUGUACGGUUUUUUGUACCCAUUUUACAGUCACGUGUCACGCGACGCAUUAUGCGGCGCAUUAUUAAUUUCUGACAUCUCUGUCUCCCACAAUUCUACGGUGUCGCGAAAACAGCUACAUUCCAGCAGAUUGUCUUUCACCGAUCGCGGAAUUUUCGUGAACAAUCGAACCUGAACUCUUUAACACGCAUACAAGUACACGGAUACAUACUACAGGUUGUAAAUUUUUAUAGAUUCUAUUACUGCUUCUUUAUUUUUAUUAAUCGUUAACUCGUUCAACUUGUUUACUCUGUGCUAAAAUACACAUCCUAGGAGCUCGCCGAAAAAUUAUUCCUCAAACGGUAAGACUGAAAGGAUCCCCUAAGGACGAGCAUUUAUUUUUUCUUAGUUUUUUCUAGAAAAAGUUUUUACAAUUGUUGUGGAUGAAAAAUAUCUUUUUUUACAAAAAUUUGGAUCACAAAUUUUUCUAUUACUCUAUUUAAGUGAUUACCGUUCCAAGCACAAAUUAUUCUUUAUUACACAUUUCGUCAGAGAACUAAUGAAAGUUCAUCGAAGCGAAUUGUUAACUCUAUUAGUAGCAUAAUCGAAUAGUCCUCGUGAAUCAGCAAAUUUUUAAGAAAAAGAAAACGACGAUGUCAACAUACCUACAGACAUUUCAUUGACUAUCAAACACGUGAAAAUUAUCCAAACUGCCACGCGGCGUAGGCUUUAAGGUAAAAUUGAUAUUUUGUGCUUGAAACAAGUAGCGAUAUCAGGAAUCAUUUCCCGUGGUUGUAUUUUCCACGGUGGUUUGAAGCUGCCAUAUAAUCAAUUCGACAUUCCUUGUCGCAUGUACACUUAAUUGUCCCUCCCGGGAGUUAAGUAGCGUUUCUAAUUGCUUGUUUCGCGUCGCGCGAAGAACGAAUCUUUUUCUAAGUUUGAUACGACAAACGGCGUCGCGCACCCGUACCCGAACAAGGUCCUAUAAAUAAUUGUUUAGUGAUUUUUUUUGUAAACGGAAGACUCAGGCAUGAUACCAAAGAUAUUAAUUGUAAACUAGGCAUCGUUGGACAUUGUGAUGGUUAAUCGUUAGAAGACGCGCACAAAACGGUAUUCAUUAACAAUAGGAAGGUGGCCCCCCUUGCACACAGACUCGGACACGGUCAUACACAAACACGUGCGUGCAUAUGGGACACGCGAGGAAAGGACAGAGGGCAAGACGUGUAAGGAUGUUCACCUUGUUAGCGAGUUUUAAUAAUCAUGUUGACGACACACACUAGUUGGAAGAUACUCGCGAUAUUAAGAUCGUAGAAUUGUACGUAAACGUUGGAAUCAAGUAAUGCAUGAAAGAAAAAAAAAAACAGGGCAAUCGUGCACCACGAAAUAUUUUUCAAGAGAGAACGAGGAAAGGCAAGAAAGGAGAAAGAAUGAGAGAUAGAGAAAGAGAAAAAAAAAGAAUAUAUGCGUGUGUGCGUGUGUGCGUAAAUGUGGGAGCAAGGAGAGCGAAAGAGAGGGAGAGAACGAGAGUGAGAGGUAUAGCGAUAGCUCGGUGUUCAAAAAAAAUCAGAAGUCUAUAAGCUUACAAUAUUAUUAUCGAGCGUUGAUACUUUAAUAAAUGGAAAAUAAGUAAAAAAAAGACGAAGAUUUGUAUAAACGUGUUCAAGGAGCUCGUAACGUUCAUGUUGUUUAAGCCAAUAAGGAACGGAUUCCAUCCAAGACAAUGACGCGAUCGAGUGUGAUCGAUUAGAGCGACUUUCGACUCGGUAUAAAUGAAUUCGUUUGUCCGGCAUUGUUAUAAACGGGAGUCGCGUGUGAGAAGCGUUGUUCGAUUUAUAGGCUUCGCGUGAUUUUUUGCGUUGUUUGACGUGUUUCGCGGGAGACGUAACGAUAUUUCAUGCAUUAUUUCAUUUCAAUCCCUCGAAAAAAAAAAUCCCGAGAUUAUUUGUCUGUACAUUUAACAAGAGAGGAGUUUAGCCAGUUACUUAUAAAUUGCAACUGAAAUGAACCUAGGAAUACAUAAAAAAUUGAUCUCCUCGCAUCGAGAGGGGAAUCGAAUAGAAGUUAAAGUUUGUAUGAGAUGCGAUUCGCGAGGAUGUGGAAGCUUAGAGAUAAGUAGAAGAUUAGUAAUGAUACAUACGUAUAUAAAUAUAAAUAUAUAAAUAUAUAAAUAUAUAUAUAAAUAAAUAAAUGAAUAUAUAUAUAAAUACAUAUAUAUAGAACGCUUGAAACGUAUAUUAAUAUAUGAUAUAUAUUAUAACUUUUUAUAAAUAUAUUUUUCCGUCGAAGUCUAGCCUAGUUGAUACAUACACAGUUACGACUAUUAAUUUAUCCGAUCUGAUUAUUAUCGAGAUCUAGCGUUAAUUCGGACAUCUUAGACGUCAUAGUUUUACAUGAUAGGCGAGUUGUACGAAUUGUAAGUCACUUAACGAGAGAGAAGAAGAGAAUUAGUACCUAAUGUUAAACAAAUUUACUACUAGCGUUGAAAUAUCCGAAACGAGAGUCUUUUUCUCUUCGCUACCAUCCCUUGCAACCCCUAAGUCCCUAGCCGUCGGGGGAUUUCGCCGAUCGGACGUUCCGUUUAAAGUGUGGCAUACCAAGCAAAGAGUAUAUAUAUAUAAUAUAUAUAAAUAUGUGUAUAUGUACAAGAGAGAUGAGAAGAAUAGAGAGAGAGAAAGAAAGAGAAAAAAAGAGAGAACAUUGUAUUUUUCGAAAUUCGCGUUUCAACGAAAACUCCAUUGCCACGACGGCUAGAAUCUCGCGACUGUUAAUCAUUAAAAAAAAAAAAAAAACGUGACGAACGACCGCGGAAGAACGAGACUCCCGUUUCGCGCUUUGUAAUUAAGUGAAAGAAGACUCGGCGAAAAGUAAGAGGAAAAAAAAAAUGAGCGGCGGGACGAGUAUCGGCGUUUUCCCGCCCUCCCCGGCAUGCGUUCAUAGUCUGACGUGCGUGAGAAAAACGGUGUCGGUGGUGUUUUUUCUUUUUUUCUUUCCAACGGGGAUUGCUGGCCGCGCGACGGGCCUCCCCCGCGCGGCGUUGUAAAAUGAGCAAACACUAAUAAUAAUAUUAAUAAUAAUAACGAUAACAAUAUGAUAAUUAACACUUAAGAAUAAUCAUAAUAAUGUAACGCAUUGCGAUACCAGAAGAUUUUUAAAGGGAAAAAAAAAACACUAUAGCAUUUAUCAACGAUAAAAUAACGAGAAUGUAACAUGUAUUUUGCUUCUUCCUAAUACAGUGCCGUUUACGCUAUUUUUUACUCUAACUAACUAGAAGCUCGGCGAAGUGUGCGUCCCGACGGAGGCGGCCGCCCGGCAGCAUGCGCUACUUUAAAAAUGCCGGUCUGUAUAUUUAGUCGGCCAUAUGUAUCCUUUAAAAAAAAAAAGGGAAAGAAUUAACUAUUCACGAAAAAAAAAAAAAGAAAAAUACGCCCAAAUGUGACUCUGGCAUACAUUCGUCGCCGUUGUCGCCGCCGUCGUCGUCGUCAUCCUCGGUGGUUUCGGAACAAGCAAAGAGGCGACAGGAUUCUUUAACCCCAAGUGGGAAGAAGCAUCGUAAAUGCAUGAUGCGUGCGUGCGUGCGUGCGUGGAUCCCAUUUGGAUUAGUCAGAUCACUCGCCUCGUAUCCUCGUGGUUUCGCCUCGUUAAAAGAUCAAAGCAUUAUUCGACGACCAUUUUUGUCGUUCGCCUCGCGUUGACUGAAACCGAGGGAAAUUCCGCUCCAAGUUCGACAGGGCGCGAGAGAUUUACCGCCGCGAAUUUGUUUGUUUUUUUUUUUUUUUAAUCACCACGAUCGUAUAUUCCUCUCGGCCUGGCGAACGCUCGACAAAUCGCAGUGCAGACUCUCGCGAGCGUCACGAUCGCGUGUUCGCCGCACGCUACUCGUUAUCACGAUCGCAUGUUAUUAUACAUGUUAUUAUACUCUUGUAUUACUCGUUACAGACGCGCUCGUACCGUGCCGUUCGCGAGAUAACGCGCGGAUCCGGUAUCUCUCCCUUCUCGGACGACGCGAGAGGAGCAGCGACGGAAGACGCAGACUGUACAUUAAACGAUUUCUAGCGUUUAAGGAUUUCUAAUUAAGUCACCGCAGUCAAGUCGCUCUGGACACGUAACACACACAUACACAUAAACGUACACAAGCAAGACUCGUCAAUUGAUCCGAUUUCUGCGUCUCGCUCGUCGGAUGUAGGGAUCACCUUGUAUCUUGCGGUGUAAAACGACGACGGUGGAGACGGCGGAUUGCAAUUUCGCGGCGAACGAGCGCGUUGUCACGUGGUCAUGUAACGAAACAAUUAGACGCGAAAGAAACGACGUUGCACCCUUUCCGUUUUUCUUUCUAAAUUUUUUCUUAUCAAGAAUAUCGAGAUCUCGACAUCGACGGACGGCAAGCUCACAUUGAUCUCGUCAAGAGAUAGAGCCGCAGGGCCAGAGUCGCAAUUUGGGGUGGUCCUUCGACUUAAUUAAUUGGGCAGGUUUGUGUGUUGUGUGUGCGUCUCCGCCGUGUGUAUUUGUAAAUCGCAUCCCGGCGCAACACGCCGAACAUCGGUAAAUCGGAGCAACCAUCAUCAAUCGAUCGCAGACAUCCAUUCUGUGUGGCACAGGGCAGCGUGACGAUUCAUCCAUUCGUUCGUUCGUACACUCGCGCGAUUCACGGUAGCGUUUGAACGAAAAAAAAAAAAAAA